AAAGGCAUUCCGGCUUUUAACCAAGGCGAGAAAGAGUAUGAGCUUUCCGUCGCCACAGCCAACCUUCUUUACCGCUUUACAAGGCCCGAAUGCGUUGUACAGCCGGAAACGACAGAGCAUGUCCAGUACAUCGUUGAACAGGCGAGGGAUGUUGGCGAAGAUAUUACUGUCAAAUGUGGUGGCCAUUCGUACACUGGAUUUUCGACUGCUGAUCACGGUCUCCUGAUUGAUCUUAAGCGAAUGACAGCGGUGAAACUGCAGCUCAGCAAAGAUAAGACCCCUACAGCUGUCAAAGUCCAGGCCGGAGCACGAUGGGGAGAUGUUUAUAGGACACUCAUCAACGGGAGCCAUCGGGGAUAUGUCAUUAACGGGGGCAGAUGUCCAUCUGUGGGCGUGAGCGGAUUCCUUCUGGGUGGCGGACUCGGGCCGUUUACACGAAGCUUCGGCAUGGGGUCUGAUACUGUCAUUGAAGCCACCAUCGUGACUGCAGAUGGAAAGAAAGUCACAGUCGGAAAAGACAGCCCGCCUGGGUCCAGAGAAGCCGAGCUUUUCUGGGCACUACGCGGAGCCGGGUGCGGCACUUUCGGCGUCGUCACAGAGUUCAAGAUGGACGUCAAAAAGUUGAAGAAUAAGAACGUCGUGGCUGGAAGAUAUCUGUGGACACCCACAGCAGGCGUCAGCCACCAUCGAACGAUGCAACAGAUCCUCAUGGCUGAUUGGCCGAAAGAAAUGACUAUCGACAACAAUUGGAUGCUUGAUGUCAAAGGUGGCAAAGGAGAGAUGGGCAUCAGAUUUACAAUCUACUAUGAUGGUCCCAAAGACGAAUUUGAUAAAUUGCUAGAUGAAAAGAUGACGCCUCAGCCACUUGACGGGAGCCUGAGUCCAGAGGACAGGGUCAAACUGCAACUAGAAAAUGCGGAUCAGGAAAAUCUCAUCAAGCAACUCAAAAGACGUUCAAUGCCUGAGCCAUCCACGAGAUUCCUCUAUGAGUCACUGGUCCUCAUGUGGGACGAGGAAGCCAGGAACUCCUUACCUCGUCCAGGAGACAAUGCAUACCAGAAAUACAGUUCUUUCUGCUUCCGCACCGACCGCGAAGAGGACGCCAGGGCUAUGGAGGAAAUUAUUCGCAUUGUCACAGCGCAGCAGACGUUCUUCAAGGACGAGUUCAAGACUGACAACGCCUCGUUCUGGGUUACUUUUAUUCAUAGUGGUGGCAAGGCUACCACUUUCAGCCGAACAGAAACUGCUUAUCCUUGGCGUGAAUGCACUUUUCACACUUACAUCACGAUCAAGUGGACCGACAAAUGGCUCGAGCAGAACGCCACUGGCUUUCUUCUUCGAAUGAAAGACAUUCUGAAGCCAUACUCCAUGAAUGGGCAAGCAUCAUUUAUCAACUUCUCUGACGCUGCCAUCGCCAAGGACCAUGACGUCGCCUACUACGGUGAGAACAGUGCUAGAGCCCGAAAAGUAAAGAGUGUAUGGGACAAGGACAAUUAUUUCAACUGGCCG